CCAACGUGGAAUAGACGUUGAAUUGACGUCUGUGCCCAGUGGGAGGUUUACGCAUCAUUAUAAGGGCUCAAAUCAGCAGACAUGAUGCGUCUUCCUCAUCAGUGUGCACCCUUGAUUUUCGCUCUCAGAACUUGGCAGGAAUGUGGGCAACCGUGUAGCACAGCUUGUGAUCAAAUUUAUUUGUCCAGGGGGAGAGAGCAACAAACGCAACAAACGCUGGACGGGACAGGUUGGUAUAUUCAGUUGAGCGGGCAUUGGCCCCGCCCUAAGUGUGCCUCCGUAGACCACCACAAGACAAUUAAUUGCCUUACUGAAACAAAGCCCAUGUCGGGAUGUUCCUGCAAUCAAUUAAAUAGGUCUAUCAAACCAAUUGUGUCGUCUAUUUGUAGCAACAUUGUAUGCAUUUUGAUGCAAAGUGUAACAAUAAUGAAACAACGGGGAAAACUGAUUGGAUUUGCAAAAAGCCAUAAAUGUAAGGGCAUUUCGUCUUUUUUUUUCAUCCAACUUUUAACCUAAAUCCAAUGACAGGGUGACCUUUUUGGUUGAUUUCACGUUGAAUUCGCGUUAGAUGAGGGGUAGUGUAAAGAGAAAUAAAAUUAACCAAGAAAUCAUAAGGCCACUUAUUUUUCCGUUCUAAUUGUAGGCCAGAGCCGUAUGACAAUGUAUAGCCUACUGCAGAAUUGGUCCUUCAAUGCGAUGCUAAAUGACAUCAACAAGAUGGGACUGAAUAGGUUGGCGGUCGUUUCAAAAAAUAGAAUUCAUAAGCUACAGCACCAGAAUAGCCUAAAAUUAAAUGAAUAAUGCACGCCCUACAAAAUGAUGAGAGACAUUGAGACGAGGAUAGAGGAGAAAUCAUUAUCAAUUCGGAUGUAAAAUCAGAGUGAGGAGACCAUGUGCGGUCUGGUAGCAGCCAGUGAGCAGGUGUUUUGGUGCGAUGAAUAGAGAGAGGAGAGCGGGUGAUUCUCCCCCCUCCACCAUGUGAUGACGGUCAGACUGACUGUAUCACCGGAGCGAUGGUUUUUAGUCACUUUCAACAGCAACAAAUCGACGACAGCAGCACUUGACGUAAAGCCUCCACCACAGAACCGGAGCAGCACGGCUCAGAACAACGGGACUUGAAGUUGGUCCCACAUUCAAAUAAUUUUGGUACCAAACACACAGAAUGGAAAUGGACUGCAGGCUGGAUGGAGUGAGGAUGUCGACGGAAUAUAUCGCCUCGAUUCUUUGACUGUAAUUUCUAGCAAUCGGUGAUAGCAUCUCUCUGAUUUUGAAUUGAAAUUCUUUCGGUAAGGAUAGUUAUGACAAUAGUUGCUGCAGGCUGCCGCAUUGCCUGACCGCUUGGAUAGUGUAAUGUUUUUAUGGUAAUUGUAAUAUUAGUUUUUUGGGUGGGGAUGGACGAUAAUGGCUGUCUUACAAUUGUGUUUAAAAGGCUUUCAACAUAGCUAGCAAUUGGUAGCGGAACAUAUUUAGACCCAUUGGGGAAGUCAGCAACAGCCAGUAUUAUGAUUGAAUUGAGAGCUAUAAAUGUCGACAUAUGAAAAUAAACUUGGAAACAGAAGUCAAAUGUAAGGUACAGGUGGAAACCUAAUGGCGCUGUCCAAAAAGUGAAUACAGCCAAUGUUGCUUGCACCUUCUAUCAUACUCAGGGAAGCAGGACGAAGUCAGGCUUUGAUUUUAGGGUCCUGAUUGAGAAGGUGCAAUAGGCCUGUACGUGACGCAUUCAUUGUUCGCGAUUUUGGCUGUAUCUACGGUAACAUUUUAGCUACCAUUCAACAUUGGCGGUGGACGUUGAAGCAAGAACGAUGACUCACUUACAAGCCGGCUUGUCCCCAGAAACACUGGAGAAAGCCAAGGUGGAGUUAAAGGAGAACCCCGACACUGUACAUCAGGACAUUCAGGAGGUGAGGGACAUGAUUAUCACGCGCCCAGACAUUGGCUUUCUUAGGACAGACGAUGCUUUCAUCCUGCGCUUUCUCAGAGCGCGGAAAUUUAACCAUUUCGAGGCGUUCCGUCUCUUGGCCCAGUAUUUUGAGUAUCGUCAGCAAAAUCUGGAUAUGUUCAAAAACCUCAAAGCAACCGACCCGGGCAUCAAGCAAGCUCUCAAAGACGGAUUUCCGGGGGUGUUGACCAACUUGGACAGAUAUGGCAGGAAAAUACUCAUUCUCUUCGCCGCUAACUGGGACCAGAGCAGGUAUACAUUUGUGGAUAUACUGCGAGCUAUUCUGUUGUCGCUGGAGUCCAUGAUAGAAGAUCCAGAGUUACAGGUGAAUGGAUUUGUCCUGAUCAUCGACUGGAGCAACUUCACAUUUAAGCAAGCCUCCAAACUAACACCGAGUAUGCUGAGACUGGCCAUAGAAGGUCUACAGGACAGCUUCCCUGCCAGGUUCGGAGGAAUCCAUUUUGUGAACCAGCCGUGGUACAUCCACGCCCUGUACACCGUCAUACGGCCCUUUCUGAAGGACAAGACGAGAAAACGGAUCUUCAUGCAUGGGAACAACCUGAACAGCCUUCACCAGCUCAUGCACCCUGAGAUCCUGCCCUCUGAGCUGGGGGGGAUGAUGCCCCCCUACGACAUGGGAACCUGGGCCCGCACCCUCCUGGACCACGCCUAUGACGAGGAGACCGAGUACUGCCCCGAGUCCUACAGCCUGUCUGUCAAAGACCUGGAGAAAGACCUGUCUCCCAAAACCAUGAAGAGGUCCCAGUCGGUGGUGGAGCCCGGAGUGCUUAAACGGCCAGAAAAAGUGAAGAGCGAGGAGGAGAACAUGCAGCCGCUGCUCUCGCUGGACUAAAGUACGGCUCGACAACACAAGCAGACCAAGAAACAUCGCCCUCAGACAGAAAGACAGACAGAGGGGAGAGAAUUCCCAUGCUCCCUCAAACAAAAAAAGAACACAGAGAAAUAACGAUGCGAGGAAGAGGGAAGAGAUUGGAGCACGAGGAGAACCUCUUCCAGCAUCAUAAAGAUGGGAAAAGCUGGCAUUUUGAGAGAUAUUUCUAAAAACGAAAAGGGAAGAAGAGAUACUAGCAGAGUUCCAUAUGUUAUUGUCAAGUGCCAAUUCAAAACUGUAAAUACACUUCUGAUCUAAACACUAGGAGGAUGGGGGAGUCAAUGUGACAGGAACACAUGUAAAGACUGCUGUUAAUAUUCUGUAUGUGCUUCUCGUGAAAUAUUAUGUGAAAAAAGUGGUACUGUAGGAGGCUGAUGGGAAAUCACGCUUAAAGGGGAUUGGAAGCUGGGGGCUUUUGGGACAGUAUUUAACAUUUCCAAAACUGCAAGUGCAGCUCAGGAUUUGUUCUAAAAAUGAUGAGGUUCUCUUCAAACGCAAAGCAGAAAGUGUCUGACUGUGUGCACAGCAAGGCUUGUGGCUCUUUGAUCAUGGGGAAUUCAAACAGGCGUUCAGGUUUCUCUAUCUAAAAGCAAACUCCCCUUUACAGUACAAGGCUCAAUGAAUGAUGUACUUUUGUCAGAGGCCACAUUUUUUAUUUCAUCUGAAUCUUACCAUUGGAAUGCUUUCAUCUAUGAUACCCCUCUUUUGGUUGAACAGUGUCUUCAAACUGGCAAACCACAAAAUGUUUCUACAAUUAUGAAACAUUUGUCAAGGUUAGAUAUUUGAUAUUACAUUUGCUACACAUUAAGAAGUAAGUACAGUACCAUGAAAACAUUCUGCAACAGCAAGGUCACAUGACAAAUAUCUCAUAUUUUGAAAUGAUUUAGUAUUAGGUAUUGGUUCAGCUCAGAAGUGGUAACAAUGUUGUCUCUGUGUCAUGUGAUUCCAAAAAUGUGUUCCUAUUUAAGGAUUAUCUUGAAACUAUCUGUUUCAAUAGGAGAGACGCUGUCCACAACAGCACACACCUACUUGAAAACCAAUUUAGAUACAGUAUUUAAAAGAUAUAUAUAUAUAUAACUUUCUCGUAUCUUAUUUUAUGAUGGUGGAAGUUAAGAUACAGUAUUAUGUAUACUUUAUAUAUAUAUAUAUAUAUAUAUAUAUAUAUAUAUAUAUAUAUAUAUAUAUAUAUAUAUAUGAUAACAUGCUUUUUGAUGGCUGCAGGGGUACAGUCAGUGUAUGCCACUGUGUUAUCUUCGGUUGCUAGCUCCUUUGUUUCUCCCUGCGUGGCGGUGAAGCUUGAGGCAGUGUUCAGCUCUGGAGCCUCUGAGCCCUGACACAGUGCUGCCUUCCUGUUAUGUCACUAUGGACUCACUCUGGAGUGGCUGCCUGGCUGCCCAGAACUAGGCCGGCCAGCCAGUCAGUCAGCCAGUCAGUCAGUCAGUCAGUCAGUCAGUCCUAAUACCUAGUGAUCACCGUACCGUAAACUGUCCAGGAAAUGUCAUCUCCAGCUCGAUGACUGAAGGACUCAUGCUUUCAGCUGCUGCAGACCCAGGAACCUCUUUGGUUUCUUUGGUGACCAGAGGGCGCCAUAACAGCUUGUCAGUGUUACCCAGUCUGUCUGUAGUAGCCGUUAGGUAGCGAUGUGUGAGAGACGUUACAAUAACCCGAUAGCUGAACAAUGGUGUUGUUAUCUGAAGCCUCAUUGAUCAGAUGUUGCUGUCUGUGUGUUUCACCCUGGUUUAAAGUAUUUCAUAUUUUUGUGUGAUGUUAAUCAGUAUUUUAAGGCAUCCAUGACUCGUUUGUCCUGUGCACUAUUCAGAUCAUGCUUCCUUACAGAAUGAUGAUGCAACAACAGCAGCAGCCUUUUGCGAAUUGAAUAUGCUUGAGAGAAUUGAAUAUGCUUUUGAGAAUUAAAUAUGUUUAGCAUUUGUAAUAUUCUUCCAAUUGUUUUCAUGUAUCCAGACUUAUUUUUUUAUUUAUUUUUUGCCAUUUCAACCAAAGCCACCCUUUGAAAAAAUAAUGUUUUUAUUGUAUAAUGCUUUACUUCAUCCAUGGCUUGAAGGUACAGUAACGACUUAUUAUGACAAUUAAUAAUUGUUCAUGGAAUGAAUGCAUAUUAUUGCUUUGAGUUAAUCCUUUGGUUUCAUGUUUCCAUGUCAAUUUGAUUGUAUAUACAUAUAGGAACAGAUGAGAGAGAAACUCAAAUUAGAGGUUUUGUCAUAUCACAGAUUAUUCAAAGCGGACGUGUUGGGAAGUGUGUUUUAAUGUUUAAAUAUCCUUAAAGACAACUUGCUGAAUUACAUUAUGUAAAUGAAUCAAACAUGAGCAACCAAUAAAUAUGGACACACAG